AAGUGGUUCGGAAGUGGACGGCGCUACCCUGACGUCACAACGCGGAAGUGCCACUGCACACUUCCCCCUUAUUUUCUUUUCUAUUUCUGAUCAAUUUCAAUCUGUAUUCUACCAGAUUCAUUGACUUCAGCCCUUCUUUAUUCAUUAUGGAAGAGAACACCAUUGAUACCAUUCUCGUUGGAUGAGGAUAGAUCAGAGAGACCAUCAUCAUGGCAGUGGACAUCCCCAGCUACAGAGUGAUUCUCUGUGGAGAAUAUGGCGUUGGGAAAACAGCAUUGUUUGUGCGAUUUAAAGAUGACAAAUUCAUGACAGACGAAGAUGAUGUCGGCCAUGAUCAUGCUUCCAAGACUUUCACAGUAAAUGGCAAGAGAGUCAUGAUUCAGCUGUGGGACACUGGUGGUAUGGAACGUGUCGGUUCAAUCACUCAGGCUUAUUUCCGUAAUGCUCAUGGUGCAAUCCUCUGCUACAAUCCAGCAAAUAAGGAGUCAUUUAACAUGUUGUCAGAAUAUAUCCUUCAGGUCGCCAUGUUUUCACGAAACGCUAAAGUAUUUUUGUGCGGGACUAUGGCGGAUAGGCGCCCAAUGUCGAUGGUUGGUGCAGGCGAGGAAUAUGUUCGUGAAGAAGAAAUUGAGGAGUUUGAGAGAUUCUGUUCGACUGCAUUGAGCGGCGUUUUUAAGGUGUCAUCACGGACUGGAGAAGGUGUGAACAGAAUGUUUAUGAAAGUUGCUGAGGGUAUUCAUCGGGAUCGAAAUGUAGACACAAUUAUGCAACAGAUGAAACAAAGGGACUCGAUACACUUGAAUUCAAAUGGUGGUCCGCCUCCUGGGAAAAAGUCUUGUUGUCAAUGACGACCCAAUGUGCUGCUGGUGUUACCGCAGUUACUGGUUGUCCUGUGGUGGCCAUUUCUGUAGAAAAACUUGCGAUGUUUAUCAUUGUGGUACCACCCUGCGGGGUUUCUAUUACAUUCACAGCAUCAGUUUCAAAUUGUGAGGAAUCCAAUGUAGCAAGUCUUUAUCAGCCUGGAGGAAGGGGAUAUCAUUUAGGCGAGGGAACUCGCUUGGUAACUCUUUCUCCAAAGUGACUAUGGGUGCAGCAUUUUCAGACAUUUACAUUUGUAUUUUUAGUAUUAAAGACCAUUUAGUUAGUCUUGACCUCUGUGGGCAGUACUGAGAGAGAAUUGUUGCCAAAAGACCAAUACUUAUUGUUUUGUAAAGCUAACAACAACAACAAACACAACACACUGACCUGUAGAUAAUUCAUGUUUAAAAACUGCACUCUCCAAUAAUUUUGAUAAUGAGUUUACACAGAUCAUUCAUAAUAAACUAGUUUUUCAGUACAUGCAUGACAUGUACAUGUAUGGGACCCAUGUAUGUACAGUAUUGUAAGAACGUGUGUCUUCCCAGCAGUCACUGUGCAGCAAACUCAACUGAGUUCUCAUAUUUUGUAUUUUCACUUUGGAAUCAUUGUUAGUUCAGGUGCUUUUUGAUAAAUUAAUAUGCGUAAAUCUGACCACUCUGAUUAGUUUAUUCAGUCUCUUUUGUGAAGUUGAAAUUUUUUUUUAGUUUGUGUUGAAUUUUGAUACAGCAAGCUAAUUGUUGAGUAUCUGUCUGCAUCGAAUUUGAUGGAAUUGAACUUGAAGUGUAAAGACAUGAUGUAUUUGUUGUAAAAUUGUUCAUUGUGGUCUUGGAAGUGUUAUAAUUUAGACAUGAUAAAAUGUACAUAUAUGUCCCUUUAAGUGUCCAAAUUCUAGCUGUGUACAGGAAUUGAAUUUGUUUUGAAGUUGAAUGUGAUAGUGAUUAUCAUGGUGCUCCAUUCUCGAUAACCUAGGCUAUAGUAGACAUGUCAAGAUGUUUUAUGGAGUAAGUAGAUUAGAGCCACACUGCUUUUCAUUACUGUAGUCACAGCGAGCAUUUAAAAUGACCAAGAAACUUCAGGUCGUAUAUGACUUCUAUCAGCCCAUGUACGUUUGGCAAUUCCCACCACAAAAAUGCACUGGUCCAUGGAGGCUGCCAUUUAUAUCAUAUGUCGUCACAAAAUUGUAUGUUAUUUCUCAUCGACCUCUAUUGCGUCGAGGUGCGUAAAUUUCACAAGUACCCGACCUUUCGAACGAUUUUUUAACGGCUUUCUGCUUACUCUUUAAGUCAUUUAGAUUAGAAUGUGAAGUGUUUUUGGCAGUUAUAAACUGUUUUGAUAGUACCUUUAAAAGUUAAAAUAACCUGGUCUGUUUUUUUUUGAAGAAUUGGAGUUUUGUCAACGAGUGUAUGUUUUGUCUUUGUGUGACUCAUAAACAACCCACGAUAUGAUCAUUUGUAUUUCCAUAUGUGCCAGAGAUCCUCUAGUCUACCAUGAAUAAGUGUUUACUCUUCACACGAUUUUGCCAAUCUUUGGUCAAAUUGCAAUAUAGUUUGAAAAUUGUUCUUCAUUAUUUUGUUUCACUGUUAUAAAUGUGGAGUUAAGAAUGGUUGGAUUUGCCAGUUUACAUGUAUGUACUUUGAUGGGCAGCAUCAGCAACCUUGAGGUGAGUUUAUAUCAUGUCUGCCAUCCAUGUUUAGUUAGCUGGGCUAAGUCUCUACAAAACCUCCACUUAUCAGAAAGUGUUGAUAGAGAAUAUUGCCGUAGAAAAGUUGAUCCCGACAUCUUUCGCUUCUAACCAUACCAGAAUCGACAGUACAUUUGUUUUAGAAACUGCUGUAAAUGUACAUGAAUCUUGGCCAAUUUAUGCUGAAACUAAGCCUAGGAAUCAUUGAAUUGAACACAAGUGGUUUAUUCCAUCAGACUAGGCCUACCUGAUCCAAUUACCUCACAAAUUGGCAGAAUGUGUUUCCUUUAAUCUUGUGCUGAUGAAACAAGGUAAUGAGCUGUCUUAUACCUGCAAUAGUUAUAAACAUGAGAUUAGAAAUGUACUUUGUGAUUAGAUGUACAUGUAUGUUGAUUGGUCACUCAACCUUGUCCUCUCUGGAAUAAGCUGGGAGUUUUUUCAUAUUUUUCUCUUUUUAAAUAUUCUUCACUUUACGUCAGACCAGUACCCAUUUAGUGUGCUCCUUGGUUGAGAGAAGUUAAGUGCCUUGCUUCAGGACUCUGAACCAGUUCAUGGUUCUACUGGGAGUUGAACCCACAACCUUCGGGUAUACAAGUCUGGUAUCUAAAACCAUUAAUAGCUGGAUUUACAUAUAGCUAUACAGAAUACGAACAAGAUGGCUUCACAAAUGGUUCAUAGCCAUAUAGUCCGGGAGCCAAAGGCUGAUAUUUCCUUGAACCUGGACACCCGGUGCUUGUGUAUAAGCAUAAUAUACCUCUGAGUAAACCUGGCCUAAGGCCGACUCCAGUGAUAGAUAAUUUGUGGCUUAUUUUGACAAUGCCACCAUCAUGUUUCCUUCAUUGGUAGAAGGUGUCCUUGCCAAUAAUUCAACCAGAGCAUGUUUUAAGGUAUAAAUUCGCCUCGAAGACUUGUCAUUUGAAAAUAUGAAUGUCUAAUUUUGUGCAAUGAUUAUUGCAAGCAUGAUUAGUCAAUGCCUUGAAGAAUGCUUUAUAACCUUGAUUAGGUUUUUAAAUAUUUUAAAGAAUGCAUAAAAUCUUUGAUUGAAUGAGAUUGUAUAAUGAUGAUCCAUGCUGUGUAUCAAGAUCAUUAUGAGCUUCAUAAGACCAGCUCAUAUGUUAGUCUUUAGAAGUUCUACAUUUUUCUGUGUCAAUUGAGAGCUGCCAUCUUCACUGAGAUGUUCAUGAUCCCAGUCAAGUACUGUGAGAGAACUUGGCCUUGAGUGCUAAUCACAUGAGGCCAGUGAUUCCUAUGGCCGACUGUUUUGUAGAUUCUCAAGUGUAGAUUUUCCUGUUUUCCUCAUGCACCAACAUCAUGUGUAUCAUGCUCUUGGUGUUAUUAGCUGCUUGUGGCUUCAAUGCCCCUGGCGUAAGCGAUUAGGUAGCACACACCAACUGACAAGUUGUGAGUCAACACCUUCUGUUUUUAUGGCAAAAGAUCAUUUUGUGUGCUGGCGAAAUUUUCAGAUGCUGCUAACCAAGAUGAAAAUUUAGGCCCACUCCUGAUUGGGUUCGUGCAGUUUUGUACAGUGUUAUCAUAUGAAAUGUUUAAGAAGCUCCGCCAAGAUAGAUUGAGGUGGUCUUUGCGUUCUUCCAACCGACAUUGUGUGCCAAAUAAAUGUACUGGUUUGUUUUGUAUGGUUAAGUUGGAGUAAACCAGUUUAUGUGGUGGCUUUAAUGCAUUUGGUCCAAUAUUAUCUGGUGUAGGUAUCUUAUUACUGCCGACUGUUAGGCCAUGGGAACUUAUUCCAACUAUUCUCUGCUCAUGUCCCAAAAAUGCCAAAUUAAAUCAUGCCAAAUGAGCUCAUUCACAGUCAGAAGGAUGGUUUCCAGUAUCCAAAAUAAGAUUAAGGUGGGCAAUUGACGUUUUUGCACUUUUAGUCUGGGUUGUCAGACUGGCUGUGUAGUAGUUUCAGAGCUCAAGGUAUUUGUUCAGAAAAACCUGGUUGCUGAAAUGUGUACCAGUGGCCUCGAACUGUAAUGAAUGGGAGUGCCGAUCAUUAGUAUGUUUGUAAGGCUAUGCAUCAACUCGACCACUAACAGCUGGCUACUCUAUAACCUAACCGUGUUUUUUUCUGUCAACAUGAUUAGUAUGCGGUGACCCACAUCUAAAAGCUUCCUAUUGUUUUAUUAACAGUAGUUGUUUAGUUUUGUAACUGACUCCGUUUGGCAGUGCAGUAGAGAGGUCAUGGAGAGAUGUGAUUCAGGCAUCUGUUUUGGGGGUCAGUCCUUGUUGUUGACCCUGCUGACCUGGCCAACAAAGUGCACGCCCACAUGCAGAUAACGUUUCAUUUGAAGUCACUGGUGUUUUGUUGUACCGGUAUGUUUUGUAUAACUUGGUCAUUGAGAUUCUAACAGUACAAGACAAGUGCUGCAGUUGUCUGUGAGGGACCGUGCCUUUAUAUUUUUUUAAAGGUGCAGUUUACAUAAUGCUCUUUCUCAUCUAUUUUGAUACAUUUGUAUGUAGUGUAUAAGAUGUAGGUCUACCGAGUAGUCUAAUGACUAGCUCGGACUCUAUUUUACAUCCUAACUCGCAUCCUUUGUUCAGAGCCAGCUGGACAAAAUUUGUGUCAAAGCUCAUAAAACUCUAAAAAUCAGUCCCUAUUCUAACCUGCUGGAAGAGUCAAUUGGUAGAUUGAUAACCAGCUGUGAGAAUGGAAUACCUGGAAGAUUGAUAACCAGAACAAAGAGUUAAAACCAGCCAGAAGAGUCAAAUGACCAGGAGAUUGAUAACCAGCUGGAAGAGUUGAUUUGCCAGGUUUCGACUCUUCCAGCUGGUUAUCAAUAUACCCGAUUGUUUUUGAAACCUCCGUGAUAUGUAUUGCUGGCAUUGUAUACAGAUUAUGCAUGGAGUCCCUAGUUUGAUCAAGAUUAUGCAUGGAGUCCGAGUUUGAUCUAGUUUUCACAUGUUUGGUACUUAGUGUAUUUUUAUGACAAUGAUCCAAAUGAGAUUUAAAACCCUAGAUAUGAGACCAAUUUGUAUGUUUAUAAUCAAAAAGAUAAAAUCAAUUAAAAUAUGCAUGUUAUUUCACUUAA